CGGGGGAGGGAGUGAGGGAUCGGGUGUCAGCCCUUCUUCCACCGGCAGUGCAGCUGGUCCCCGGAGGCCGCGGCGGGGGGCCAGGAGGGCUCCAGUUUCGGACCGGGCGUAUUAAUAGCAAGCAGCCGGCAGCCCACCCCGCGCCAAAGCCCGGCCCGGCUCCGGGCGCCACCAAGGGAAGCAAUGGCAGAUUCCGAGCCCCUUCUGGAACUGGAUGAUGCAGAAAACUCAGCGCUGGCUGCUGGGGAUGAAAAUAUACCUGUGGAGCUUGAGGGGACUGAUGCUCUUGAGAUGCUGCACAUAGAUCCCCUUGACGUAUCGUUCUCACAAGAAAUGGGGAUCAUCAGCAACCCAGCGGAGCUGCAGGCAGCCGCAGCAGGCCAGGAGCUCUACGCUGCAGAGCACCAAACUAUGAGCAUCGAGGAACUUGGGAAUCGUUUUCAGGAGUGCAUUGAGGCUGUUGAAGAACUAGAGAGGGAGAGGGACCACCUUAUCCAGGAACUCAUGCAGCUGCGGGAACCGGCCUUGGAGGAAAUCAAGCAAGCCCAUGAAGAAAUCCUCAAAGCCUACAGGUUGCACGCCAAAGUAGAGCUUGAGAGGGACAGCUUGAGGGAUGAGAUUCGGCAAGUGAAACGCAAGCUGUUUAGGGUGACACGGGAAUGUGUGUCAUGUCAGUAUCAGCUGGAAACCAGGAGACACGAUGUGGCACAGUACGUCGUCUACCGGGAAGAACUGGAAAGCAGGGUCAGCCAGCUCUCGGAGGAACUGUCCCAGCUGAGGGAGACUUGUGAGAGAGAGAAGGAACAGUUCAGCCAGCAACUGAAGGUCCCCAGGCGCCGAAGGGACAGCUGUUAUCUCCAGGAGAGCAGACGGCUCUCCAUGGAGUUUGAGAGCUUUGUGGCAGAGAGUCGCCAGAGCCUAGAAGAACAUUAUGAGCCCAAGCUGAUGCGUCUCUUGGAACGCAGAGAAGCCAGCACUAAAGCUUUGCAAAAGACACAGAGCGAGAUCCACAGACUGAAAGAAACUCUGCGACCACUGCAGGGAGAAGUGAGCAAGCUACGGCUGCAGAACAGGAACCUGGAAGAACAAAUCCUACUCUUCAAGCAAAAACGGGAUGAAGAAGUUCUUCAGUACAGGGAACAGGUAGAGGAGAUGGAAGAAAGGCUGAGAGAGCUGAGGAAUGGAGUAAAACUCCAGCAGCACAAGUACAAGGAAUUGGAGGAGGUGAAGACCAGCUUGCACCAGGAGCUAUCUAUCUACAAGAGAGUAUUUUUGAUGACUUCUCCAGCAACCCCAGCAAGAAAACAAUUCAGUAGUGCACAUUUCCACAUAAAUUUCUCUUCCAGGCAUGAGACUGCUUAGAAAUAUAUGGACAACUCUGCAAGUCAGAAGCAAAUCAAGACAAAGACUGAAAAUUGUAACCAUGGACUUUUUAUAGCGAUAUAUAUACUUAAAAAUGCAGUCUCACUGUUAAGAAUGACAAGAGCAGGCCUGAAAUCUAGCAGCGACUAACAAGACAAGACUGCUAGAUGAUGGUUUGCAUCUGAAAAUUCAAUUAUGUUAUUUUUUCAAUUAUGUUAUUUUUUCAAUUCAGAGUUGAAAAGAGCUUUGAAUGAACUUCUGAAGUUUGGAACUUUGCACUGGUCGGACUGUCAAUUGAUAAGCAUUAUGUACAUUUUGAAGCCGAAGAUGGUACAAAGCCAAUGUUUUGGCAAGUGUACCAAUACUGGCCUUUGGUAUAAAAAAUUAUUUGAAAAUGAGGAAUCUGCUUGUAACUUUGACAUGUUAUAGAAAAGGAGAUAGAAGUAAAACAUUAAAUUUUUUAAAUACAAGAACACUUUUAGAGUGACUAAAAUCUAUUUACCAGGGCUGUAUUGGCCCCAAGCCUUGAAGACACCAUCAGCAGCAGUCUACUACCUGAACUGAGUCUGAAUCAGGUAUGUCUCCGCCUACUCUACACUCUGCCUCAGUAAAAGCUGCAGGAGCACCUGUCUUCAUCCAGAAACACUAAGUUCUUUCUUUUGUGCAACUCUACAGGCAUGAGACAGAGAACCUGCAAGAUUCAACAGGUUCCUGGUACUUUAAACACUGCGGAAACAGUGGCUUCACAUGCCUUCACCAUUCCUUGAAACUUCUACUACUAUCAACACUGAACGUGCAGCUAAGCCAUAUAUUCACAGGGACAGGACAUACUGUUUAAAGAUCCUGACUGGGCAGGCCAAACCCAGCCAGAAGCUUCCCUCUUUUCCACAAUAAAGAAAGGGGAUAGGGAUGUGAGAAAUGCCAAGAAGCCUGGCUCUGCUAGCUGGCCUUCAAGAUUCUGUGAAGUAACAGAGAGCUGAUAACACACCAUUCUCUGGGGACUUGUUUCAAACCACAUUGGCAAAGGAGACAAUCCAAGUUUAAAAUAAGUCCCAACAAGGAGCUGUGGGAAUCAACCCUGAGCUGGGGAAGCAGAGCAGUCCCCUUAUCUGCACAGGCAGCAAACCUCCAAAUAGUAUCUAUUAAACAGACUUUCUGCUGCCAGUUGCUGGCAAUGAACAGAAUUCCUACAUUUUAGUAGUUGUUGUUCUGGCACAUAGAGUCCUUAGGAUAGGUAAUGUUGACGCCUGUCAACACAUCAGCACCAGUAUGUUCCUCAAAUUCCUACCAAAACAGAACACUUUUAAUCUUGAGUUUUCUCCAUCUUUCAUCCCAGUCGCAAAGUAUUCUCUGCAUCAUUUCAAAAUGUUCCAGACUGUUCCUUGUACCAGCAGAAUUGUAAUGUAUUAGA